CUGUUAAAGUGACUAAAGAGCAGUUUCACAUCCACUGCUUUCUCAAACAUCUUACAAAGACACAGUUAGUCAGAUUUUGUAAAGGAACUAUGGGCACAUUAUCUCUUGUUCUGCUCUUGCUUUCAGUCCAGUGGUCCCGGGCUCAGGAAGACCCUCUUCUGCCUUUCUCUGAACACCUGGACCCCGAGCACAAGGUGCGGCUGAAGUGGGGAUUUGAUGAGAUCCAGGGCACAAUCUUGUUCGAGCUCACGGUCGACACCAGCGGCUGGGUCGGUUUUGGCUUCAGCCCGAAAGGAGGAAUGACAGGAGCCGAUAUCGUCAUUGGAGGAGUCGGACCUGGAGGCAGAUACUUCACGGACCAUCAUGCUGUGGGUAACUCAAUGCCUCUGGUUGACCAGCAACAGAACUACAAACUCCUGUCUCUGAAUGAGUCUGAAGGGAGAACGAUCAUGAAGUUUCAGAGGUCCAUCGGUUCCUGUGACGAAAAUGAUUUACCUAUCACUAAUCUCCCCAUGAAGCUGAUCUAUGCGUAUGGCCAGACUGAUGACAUCACGUACCACAGCACCCAAAGAGGAACGAAGGAGCUGAACCUGUUGAAGUACAUGCCUCGGGUCAACCCUCCAAACAGCAGCUCUUUUGACAUAACUAUGGUCAAUUUCACCGUACCAGCCAAACAAACCCACUAUCACUGCAAGAUCGUGAGUGCCCCAACAUUUGAUCGCAAACAGCACAUUUAUCGCAUUGAGCCGGUGAUCACAAACCCUGACCUUGUGCAUCAUAUGCUGCUGUACCGCUGCCCUCCGAGUGUGACGGAGCCGUUUGAGGAGGAGUGUUAUACUGGGGUGGAUGGAGUGUGUAUGGAGACCGUGGCUGUGUGGGGAGUUGGUGGAGGGACUUUUGAAUUUCCUGAAGUGGCAGGACUUCCAAUUGGUGGAAAUGUUGAAGAUUUUCUCUACAGGCUUGAAGUGCAUUACAACAACCUCAAUAAAAGUGCAGGUCGAGUUGAUAACUCUGGUCUGCGAUUCUAUCACACAUCUGAACUCCGUCAGCACGAUGCAGCUGUUCUGAUGACAGGGCUUGCAGUGACCCCUGGGUACGCCAUCCCACCCAAAGCCAAAUCCUUCCUCACAUAUGGCCUGUGUGACACUGCUUAUAUUCCAGAGGUUCUGCAGACGCCUCAUGAUCUUCAGGUGUUCUCUGCCAUGCUGCACACACACUUAGCUGGACGCAAGGUGCGAGUCGGACACUUCAGAGGGGGAAAACAAAUCGAUCUUCUAGCUGCAGAUGAAAACUAUGAUUUUGAAUACCAGGAAGUGACAAACUUGGGUAAAACUAAGACAGUGAAGUUGGGUGACAAAUUGCUGGUGGAGUGCACCUAUAAUACUGAAAACCGCAGCGCACUCACAUGGGGGGGGCUCUCAACUUCAGAGGAGAUGUGUUUGGCCUUCCUCUUCUACUAUCCAGCGAUGAAUCUGAGCACCUGUGUUAGCUUCCCUGAUGUAACAUCUUUAGCAUCUGCAAUGGGAGCACCAGAUAUAUAUACCUGGCUUGUAAUGAUGUUAACAAAGACUUGGGAUGACACGUCUAUCUAUCAAUACCAACAAACACUGAAGGGAAUCGACCAGUUCGUCAUAGUCACAAACUCAAAUAACAACGGAUCAUUAAAUAAAGGGACACUUCCUGAUCUCAAACUCAUCCCGCCUGCACCCUGCAUGAGCGGCUGUGCCACCAAAAGUCUCGCUUUGCUCUCACUGCUCCUCUGUUUGGCAGUGCAGUGGGCAUCCUUAUGAAACAUCAAUUCAAAAUGCUACUGAUGUAAUACAUUGUUCUUUCAUUAUCCUAAUAAAUGUCAGUAAUAUUAACAAAGCAAAAACUCCUGGAACACCAGGACAGAAAUUGAAAAAGUUAUUAUAUGUAACUACUUAUUUUAAUUAAAAAAAUAAUAAUUAGAUGUAAAUGGACUUUACACUUUACUUUCCUUGCUUUACUUGUCUUCUACAAUAUGAAAAUCUAAAAACAAGUUUAUAUUAAAGGAUCACUUUGACAGCAUGAUUCAGAAUUUUUCCAACCUUGAAUUGUAAUUAAAAACAACAAAAUGGCAAUAAUACUAAUACUAAUACUACUAAUUAUUAUUAUUCAAAAUACAGAUUUCAUAUACCCAGUUAAUUUAGUGUUUAUGCAGAGGUAUGGCGACAGAUAAAAUGAUUGACAUGUUGAUGCUAUCGACUGCUUGCUUUAAUAAUUUACACAAAAAAACUAAAUUCAUUCACAUUUGUAGUUACAAAUCUGUAAUUCUUGUUUUUCUGUGCUGGAAUAUUCUGGAUAUAUUUCACAAUUAAGAAAAAAAAACUAUUAAAAUGAUAAUUAAAGUAGUCCUUAUGAAUCAUGCUUUUUGUUUCAAGCGUUUUUUCCUAAGUCAUCCCAGCCAACAUGUCUAUGUGGGCCCCACAUGGUUUAUGAUGGGUACCAAGUGGGCAUGGUCCUAAAAUGGGCAUCUUAUCUGUGGCCCACUUGGGUCAUCUAAGUAGGUCCCACAUGGUCAAAAAACAGAUGCCUAUGUGGGUUCUAGUUGGGUCACAAAUGGCAAAUGAGGACAUAGGAUCUAAAUGGGCGACACAAAUGGGGCCCAAAUGGGUUUAACAAAUGGGUUAGAAAUUGGCAAUUUCAAUUAAUCCCAUAUUGGCUGCCUACACUGGGCCACCUUGUGGUAUUGCCGGCCCAAAACUCGAACCCACAACCUUUGACAAUUUGUUGAUGUUGUCUAAAUGACUUAUAAUAUCAAAUGGCAAUACAAUUUAAAUAUAUUUCAUAUUGUAUAAAAUAAUUAAAAAACAAUUAGGCUCUGCUUCUUAUUCAUUUUUUUGUAUCUACAGAUUUAAUUAGUAUUUAUAUUAUAUUUAGUAUUAUGCCUCCAAAAUGUUUGUAUUUAGUGACAGGAAACCUGAUUCGCUGUGAAGGUAGCCAGUAGUGAGCCUCAUCCCCAGCCCCUGUGAACGCAGCUUCAUGGACCAUUUGGAGGAGGAUCGUCCUUUAUCUGCUACACUGCACUUUAACUUCUGGAAUGUAUUCACUGACCUUUUGUGAUUUGUGACAUUUUUUUUAUUUUAACUAAAUGUAAUAAUUUUACGUAAUUUGAUUUUACAUAAUUUGCUUAAAGGGACAGUUCACCCUAAAAUUAAAGUUCUACCAAACCA